GCUCGAGUGUUCUCACUUCAGCCUGACAUCUGGAAGCCUCCCCGGGAUGACGUCUUCAUCACUUUCAACAUGAGUUUACUAAGGACGGCAACUUUGGGCCUCAGCGAACUCACUAUUUGCUCGAGGGUGUUCUUCACUGGUCUCACUACCCAGCAGGUCGUCCUCUCCUACGCCACAGCUGACACCGUAGACAACGCCAUCAUGAUGUAUAUCGAGGAUGGCGCACACGUUUUCCAGUACAACAAUAAGCCUCAGCCGGUCAUCGAGAGAGUGUCACUGCCGACAGUGCUGCGUAAGUGGCGGCACUACUGCCACGUAUUCUCCGGGGACACGUAUAGCGUGUACGUGGACGGUGUGGCACUCGCCAAUGGACCCAUCCAGGUAGACGACCGCAUACUUCAACUUAAUGGCACCUUCGUCGUCGGCCAGGAACAAGAUAAGAUAUCUGGAGGUUAUAGCAGAUUCCAAAUUCUUAAGGGCUACACCACUCAGAUUAAUAUAUGGAACUAUGGUGUCUCCAGCAGAGAUAUAGAAGACAUCGCUAAUUGUAGGAGAAACAUAUUAGGAAAUGUCGUCUCUAGUGAUAGAGAAAAUUUUGAGCUUAUGAAUGUGCAGGUAAACAUGGUAUCUCUGUGGAAAUUUUGUGGCGAUGACGAGAAAUUUGUUAUAUUCCCUGAGGCUCGAACUUUCGCAGAAUCGGUCAAAUUUUGUAAUCUCGUCGGGUCGAACAUGUAUGCACCAUCGAACAAGAAGGAAAACAGUGACUUGAACCAGACGUUGUGGGAGGAAAAUAUGUGUGAGCAAGUUGAUCUAUGGGUCGGAGUGACAGAUGAGGAAGAAGAAGGUGUAUGGAGAGCUGUUAGUGAUGGUAGGAUAGUGACAGAUAUAUAUUUCACUCAUGGCCAGCCCGAUAACUCUAGGGCAGAGAACUGUAUUAUUAUGUACGCAAGACAGGCCAGCUGGAAUGACUUUCCAUGCCUAACCCUUAAAGCUUGCGUAUCAUGUGAAGAGAAACUGCAUGUCCCACUCAUCCUUCGUGGAGCCUGUAUGGAAUGGAGAACUCAAACAAUGUUUGAAGUAAUUGGCUACAAUUCUCACAGAACAUUUUUUCAUGGGUUUUACGGUCUCAUGAUUUACAGAACCAGUGACCAACAGUGGAUUCUCUUUGAUACGCUGACUAACAAGACUCAGGCUGUUCUCAGUAUUGCGUCCAGUAACUUAUACCCUCUCGGUAGACAUGAAUGGUUGUUGGUUAAUCCCAUGUGCGAUCGUCCAGUCGGCAGCAAGGUGGAGCUGAGUUUGUCGGUGUGUAAGGACGGACAGUACAUGUGUGUCAACGGAGAAUGCAUCGAUUUAGCUUCUCGCUGCGACGCCAAAAAUGACUGCAGCGACGAGUCAGAUGAAGACAACUGUUCCAUCCUUCAGAUCCCCGAUGGCUACCGUAGUUUUAAACCUCCUAAGAACCUCGACGACGCAACUCAACCUCUUCAGCCCUUUCUCACACUCUUGUUCCUUCGCUUCCUCUUGAUUGAUGACGUACAGGAGACAAUCAAUCUUGAGUUUAUAAUCGACGUAAGCUGGACAGAUUUAAGACUUAAAUAUCAAAAUCUUCGCUCUGAUAUGCUGGCGAAUCAACUAUCCGAGCAAGAGGUGAAGGAUAUUUGGAGGCCACAGCUACAGUUCCCUAAUAUAAGAGAUGGUGACUUGAAGUUACUUAAAGAAAAUGUUUAUGUUAAUAAAGUCAACGAUUCAUUGCCUGUUGACUUUAAUGCUGUGAAGAUGGACGAAAUAUAUGGAGGCGCUGCAGCUGAGAUCGUACAGCGUCAGCACUACAGCGGCAGCUUCGUGUGUGAUUUCAGCGUGUUCUAUUACCCCUUCGACGUGCAGCGAUGCAACGUAUUGGUGCAACUGACCUCCGUCAGCAGAGAACUGGUUGCCUUUACGAAGCAGAAGUCUGCCGCUGAGUGUAGGAAGGACAUGAAUCUGCCUAGGUACCUCGUGAGUGACUUGUAUACCCAAAUCUCCAACAACCAGACCAGAGAGGCACUGAUAGAGGUGGGUUACUUGUUAACCAGAAGAUUCACACUGAUCGUUCUCUCCAUCUACCUGCCCUCCGUGAUGCUGAUGGUUAUAGGAUACACAACUCUCUACGUUAAGGUUCAGAUGCUGGAUGUACGUCUAGUCGUCAGUCUCACAACUCUGCUGGUCCUGUACACUUUCUUUAACCAGACCUCGACCUCGCUGCCCCAGACAGCCUACGUGAAGAUGAUCGACGUGUGGUUCUUCUUCUGCACUUCGCUUCUCUUCGUCAUCAUAGUCAUCCACGUCUUCGUCGAGAAGCUUGCGUCUCAUGGGAAAGACGCCGUUGAAUACCUCGCUAUUCCUCCUCGUCUGUCUCCCCUAAAUCCUGCUGCUACGGUCUUCUUCGGGAAGGUUAGCGGAAAGCCACGACACUUGGGAUGGGGAGAAGAAGAAACAGGGUCGUGGUUCUGGCAAUAUUCAUCUACGUCUUCGUCGCGGCUGCGUCUACUGUGGAAACAAUGGUAUUCCUCCAUGUCUGCUGAGAUGCUAUUGUUUGUUCUGCGGACCUACGUUGGACCUGUUGUUAUCCUGGUGUUCUUCGUCUGCUACUGUUGUGUCAUCUUCUCUUAGAUGUUAUCCUCCAAGAAUAAUACUGGUACUGUAUAUCCUCCUUGGAUCAUGUGUUCCUAGGAUAACAUUUAUAUCACUUUGAACCUCGAUGUUAUCUUCAGUUAGGCACUUUUAUUGGCUGUGGCUUCUCCUGGUAAACACUGAUAUCUUGCCCUUGUAUAACAUUGCGCCCUGAAGCUUCAUCCUUUAAAAUAACGCUGGUUAUUUUCAUGUGGUGCCGCUCGGCUUAUUUAGGUAGUUCCGCUAUUUGCUCUGGUAAAGGAGGAGACGUAAUCAAUUGCAAAUUUCGUGUUGCAUAAUAUAUAUUCGCCUUUUAUUUUCGUUUUACUCUUAAAUGUUUUAUUUUUAGUUCAAGAUCAAAUUUAUUUUCAUAGAUG